AAGCCAGCGGUCCGCAACACCAAUGAUGAGCGGACAAGGGACCUCCCCUCACCCUUCCCGGACGCCAUCGGCCACGCAGGAUGGCGGCCGGGAAGCGCCGGGAUGUGUCGGGGCGGAAGUCUGGCUGCCCCUUUCCUGCAAAGCACGGGUAGGGGGCGUGUAGCCUCGGCAGCCAAUCAUGAGGCGCUGAGUCUCUGCCAGCCAAUGAGGAGCCUGGUCGCGCGGACAGCCCCGCCUGUCUCCCCUCCCCCCGGGAGUCUUAAGUUCUGUGGUUCAGCUCGUCCUUCCCCACUUUGGUCUCCGUCCGUCUCCCGGCCCCGACAUGCCCUUCGUAGAGCUGGACACGAACCUGCCCGCCGACCGCGUCCCCGCAGGCCUGGAGAAGCGGCUGUGCGCGGCCACUGCCGCCAUCCUGGGCAAACCUGAGGAACGCGUCAGCGUGACCGUGCGGCCGGGCCUGGCCAUGGUGCUGGGCGGCUCCUCCGAGCCCUGCGCGCAGCUGUGUGUGUCCUCCAUCGGCGUGGUGGGCAGCGCGGAGCAGAACCGGGGCCACAGCGCCCGCUUCUUUGAGAUCCUCACCAAGGAGCUGGCCCUGGGCCAGGACAGGAUACUUAUCCGCUUUUGUCCUCUGGAGCCCUGGCAAGUUGGCAAGCAAGGGACAGUCAUGACGUUUUUGUGAUUGUCAUGGAGAGACACAAGGACGUACUGAGUUGGCUGCCUUUUCUGGAAAGUUGGAUCACCUUCCCCUCCCACCCCCGAGGCAGACAGACCUGUGAUGCCCUACCCUCCCAUACUAAAUAAAUUAAGAGACUUCCAUCAUUCCAAU